UAAAAUAGUCUAUAUUAGGCAUUAGGAUCUAGUCUAUGGUCCUUUCCAGUCUUUGUUAUUCCUACAACCUGUUGGGCAUUAAACCUAAAAAUGUCCGGUCGUGGAAAGAAAGCUGUCACCAAAAAGACCUCCACAAGCCGCUCUUCCAGGGCAGGUCUCCAGUUCCCUGUGAGCAGAAUUGCCCGUCAUCUAAAGAAGGGCCACUAUGCAAACCGCAUCGGGGUAGGCGCAGCAGUCUACCUCGCUGCCAUCUUGGAGUAUCUGUGUGCUGAAGUGCUGGAGUUGGCGGGCAACGCAAGCCGUGACAACAAGAAGGCACGCAUCGCUCCCCGGCAUAUCCAACUGGCUGUACGGAAUGAUGAAGAGCUGAACACGUUGUUGGGUGGCGUCACCAUCUCUGAAGGGGGCGUCCUUCCAAACAUCCAUGCUACGCUGCUCCCCAAGAAGACCAGGCCAACGAAUGACCGCAGCCAAGCCAAAGGGGUUGAGUCUCAAGAGUUUUAAAUGUACCUUGUUUUACUGCGACUGCACGCCUUUUUAAAAUUUGCCUCUGAAUUAUUAAAUUAAAGUAAUAUUGCUUUGACUAUUCA